CCUUCCCAAGUAAACACAAUGCAUUUAACAAAAAAAUUUGAAAAGAAAAAAACAUUUUAUUUCUCCUCCAAAACCCUAGGAUUCAUAAAAGAAAUUCUUCAUAUUUAAAUAUCUGAUUUUGCAUCCAUCGAUUAAUCAUUGAAAGUUAAUGGCUGAAGAAGCAGUAUCGACGCAGCCUCAAUCAUCGGUGGCUCCAUUGGGAUCUUCCGUUAUACCGAUAGUGAACAAGUUACAGGACAUCUUCGCUCAGCUUGGUAGUCAGUCCAGCAUAGAGUUGCCGCAGGUGGCGGUGGUCGGAAGCCAGAGUAGUGGUAAGUCCAGCGUGCUUGAGUCUCUCGUGGGCCGCGACUUCCUGCCUCGUGGUUCUGAUAUCUGCACGCGCCGUCCGCUAGUCCUUCAGCUCGUCCAGAUCAAGCGUAAGCCUGAUGGUUCUGAGGAGGAGUAUGGCGAGUUUCUUCACUUGCCUGGAAAGCGCUUCUAUGACUUCUCGGAGAUUCGAAGGGAGAUUCAGGCUGAGACAGAUAGGGAGGUUGGAGGAAACAAAGGUGUAUCCGACAAGCAGAUUCGACUUAAGAUUUUCUCCCCUAAUGUUCUUGAUAUCACUCUUGUGGAUUUGCCUGGAAUCACAAAAGUUCCUGUUGGCGACCAACCCUCUGACAUUGAAGCUCGAAUUAGAACCAUGAUCAUGUCAUACAUUAAACAGCCAAGCUGUCUGAUUCUGGCUGUUACUCCGGCAAAUUCAGAUUUAGCAAACUCUGAUGCUCUACAGCUUGCAGGAAAUGCCGAUCCUGAUGGUUGUAGAACCAUUGGGGUUAUUACAAAGUUGGAUAUAAUGGACCGAGGUACUGAUGCUCGUAACUUGCUGCUUGGAAAAGUGAUUCCCCUUCGACUUGGUUACAUAGGUGUUGUGAAUCGUAGUCAGGAGGAUAUUUUCAUGAACCGGAGUAUCAAGGAUGCCCUUGUUGCAGAGGAAAAGUUCUUCCGGAGUCGUCCAGUUUAUAAUGAUCUUGCUGAUCGCUGUGGUGUGACUCAGCUGGCAAAGAAGUUGAACCAGAUUUUAGUGCAACAUAUCAAGACAAUACUUCCUGGACUGAAAUCACACAUUAGUUCCGCACUGGUGUCUCUGGCAAAGGAGCAUGCAAGCUAUGGAGAAAUCACAGAAUCAAAGGCUGGUCAGGGAGCUCUUCUUCUGAAUAUUCUUUCAAAGUACUGUGAAGCGUUCUCAUCAAUGGUAGAGGGGAAAAACGAAGAAAUGUCUACAUAUGAGCUGUCUGGUGGAGCAAGGAUUCACUAUAUUUUCCAAUCAAUCUUUGUUAAGAGCUUAGAGGAGGUUGAUCCUUGUGAAGACUUGAGUGAUGAUGACAUUCGAACUGCCAUUCAGAAUGCAACUGGUCCUCGAUCUUCACUAUUUGUGCCAGAAGUCCCAUUUGAAGUACUUGUUCGAAGGCAGAUAGCACGUCUACUAGAUCCAAGCCUUCAAUGUGCCAGGUUCAUAUAUGAUGAGUUAAUAAAGAUAAACUAUCGCUGUAUGGUGAAUGAACUGCAGCGGUUUCCUGUUCUGAGAAAGCAUAUGGACCAAGUGAUUGGGAAUUUUCUUCGAGAAGGCCUUGAGCCAUCUGAGACAAUGAUAGGUCAUAUUAUUGAAAUGGAGAUGGAUUACAUAAAUACUUCACACCCGAAUUUUAUUGGUGGGAGCAAGGCCGUAGAGCUUGCCAAUCAGCAGAUCAGGAAUUCCAGGGUUGCUUUGCCUAUAUCUAGAUCAAAGGAUGGAUUAGAGACGGAUAAAGUACCUAAUUCUGAAAGAAGUGUUAAAUCUCGGGCUAUUCUUGCUAGACAAGUUAAUGGAAUUGUGGCUGAUCAGGGAGUCCGUCCUGUUGCAGAUGUUGAAAAAGUCCCUUCUACUGGUACAAGUGGUUCGACUUGGGGCAUUUCAUCAAUAUUUGGUGGCAGUGAUAACCGUUCAUCAGUGAAAGAGAGCUUAACAAACAAGCAACACGGUGAACCUGUUCAUGACAUGGAGCAGGCUUUGUCCAUGAUCCAUUUGAGAGAGCCCCCGUCUGUCUUGAGGCCUUCAGAAGACCGUUCAGAAACUGAAGCUAUUGAAAUUGCUAUCACUAAAUUGCUCUUAAAAUCAUACUACGAUAUUGUUAGAAAGAAUAUAGAGGACUCUGUGCCUAAAGCAAUUAUGCACUUCUUGGUAAACCAUACAAAACGAGAACUUCACAAUGUCUUUAUCAAAAAGCUUUACAGAGAGAACCUGUUUGAAGAAAUGUUACAGGAACCUGAUGAGAUUGCUUCUAAGAGAAAACGUACCCGAGAAACACUCCGAGUUCUUCAACAGGCAUUCAGGACAUUGGACGAAUUGCCAUUGGAAGCUGAAGCAGUUGAGAGGGGUGGAUACAGUUUGGAUUCUGAUCCAACAGGGCUGCCGAAGAUCCAUGGACUACCAACAUCCUCAAUUUAUUCCACUAGUGGUUCAAAUGAUUCCUAUAUGGCUUCUCCUAAAAACCCAAAGUUUCGCAAGUCAUCUCACUCCGGUGAACUAUCGACACACUCGUACGCUAAUACCGAUUCAAAUGGAAACGGACGUAGUUACAUGCCGGGCCUCUAUCCGACCGUUGAUUUCUAAGAUGAAUGGAUAGGUAAGCUUGCAUUUGAGUUCAAGUUUUCAUCAAAUCUGGAGGCAUUAUAUUCAUUUGAUUGCUCAAUCUAGUUUCUCCCCCGAAUUCUUUGAAAUCCCUCCGAUCGAAGUCGGUGAAUCGUUGUGUUGGUUUUAUCUUCCAUCAUUAUAUGUCUGCAAGUCGGCUAUCAUAAUUUAGUGUCAUAAUUGCAUUGUUUAUAGGUCCAGAAAGAACAAUGGGUGUGAGAACCCUGUUUUU